AAUUGGUGUUAUUCAUACUUUUGGUUUUCAUUCUUCGUUAAUUUUACCUUUGAUGUUCUAGUCAAGCCUUAAAAGUCUAGUUUAAGAAACGUUUUCAGGUAUUAAAUGCCUUAAAUGGGUCGUCUGAUGAUAGUGACGAUGACCCAGACAGGAUCUUCCAAGAAGCAGGCUCUUACUGUACGUCUUGCCACCUCCUCUCCAAUAUGGUGAUUGGUUUUUCACGUUUGGGGGGACCUAUAGAUGUUAUGGCCAACUUUCUGGUGAAGGUGUGCUUCAUAGUAGGCUACAAGUCCAUCUCAGUGUGCCGAGGAAUAAUCAACCAGGACAAGGACCGUCUUGAGUUUAUACUAAGGAACACCAAUGCUGAUGCAGACGAAGUGUGUUCACUAACUCUUGGUAGCCAAGGAUGUGGAGUUUUCAGGCGUCCUCCCUGGAAUGUUGCUAUCCCACCACCACUGUUAUCAGAGUCCCACACUCACCGUCACAGUCAGUCGUCCAACAGAGAUGGCUAUUCCCGUGCUGUUAACACCUCGCCUGCACAGGUGCAAAUUGCUGCAGAUUCAUCAGAAAAGUCUCCAUAUCAAUCUCAGAAACAUGGCCAUCAACAGCAGAUUGCCUCUCAACCUGUCACACAAAGCAGCAGCAGUAGUAAUGGCAAUGGAGGUGGUAAAAGAGUGCUGAAGGUGUUGCAUUUAACUGACCCCCAUUUUGACCCAGACUACCUGAUUGGCUCCAAUGCAGUCUGUAAUGCUCCUCUGUGCUGCAACUCUGAUAGUGGUGAGACUGCUGUAACCUGCUGUGUAUUUCUUUUAAAUUUCAGUGCUGAGUUUAUCCCAACUUUUGUGUACAGGAGGGUUCCGUUUUACAGCGCUUAGCUUAAGUGAUUUUCAGUUAUGCCCAUUCUUCAUUUUCACUUAUACCCAUUCUUCAUUUAUUCAGGCUACUGACAAUAAAUAUGUUCACCACUCGCUACAAGCUAAGUGUGAAAAUAUUUUAAGGCAAGUAAUGUAUGUUCUACAGUGGCUGCAAAAAAAUAUACGUUUCCAAUGCAAAAAAAAAAAUUAUACACUAGAUAUUGGUGUAUACAUUUCACUUGGAUUAAUGCCAUAAGAAAAGUGGGCAGAGCUUGUGACGGCUGAGUGUACUGGAGCUUGUCUUGCUCAAGCGUUCCCCAUGCUUUACUGCUCUUCCAGAGUCGAUGAGUAAGGGGGAUUGCUACGUUGUUACUCGUUGCCCAUUUUUUCACUCGACCAUGCACUUUGCCACGCUAUAUCUCUGCUCCAAGUGGUCAGAAUGGGUCAAACUGAACUUUCAGUUGUAGAGAAGACUCGUGCACUCACCCUAUUAGAGUAAGGCAUGUCUAUGAUAUCCGUAGCUGCAGACCUGAAGGUGACCAGGAUGACAAUUUACAACCUGAAGAAAGCAGGUGCCUCACUCCCACCUGGUACCGUACCACCUAGGAAGGUGGGGUCUGGGGCCCCAAAAAAGACUUCUUUUCACACAGACAAGAUCCUGAAGAGAAAAGUGUUAUCAGAUCCUGCCAUAACAGCCGCAGACCUCAAGAAAAGCAUCCUGCACUUCUGAAAGACGUAGUGUGAACCAUUCAGCACCGACUGCAAAAGGACUUGAAAAUGCCUGCUCGAUGUGCCACCAAGAAGCCCAUGCUAAUUGAAACCAUGACGAAAUGGCUUCAGUUCUGCAAGACGUACAAGGAUUGGACCUCAGACCAGUGGCAGAAGGUGAUGUUGAGCAAUGAGAAUACCUUCAGGCUCGUCAGGACCGUGCAUCAUCCCAGUGGUGUCCCGUUAUGACCCUUGGUAUUCUGUGAAGACAGUGAAGCACGCUGAGUGUUAUGGUCUGGGGUGCUUUUAGUGAUUAUAAGGGCAGAGGUGGACUAUACUUUCUUCCUAAGAACAUUACGAUGAAGGGAAGUAAUUAUAUAGAAGUGUUAAGGGACCACAUGCUGACAUUUUGGAACAUUCACAAGAGUGAUUUUUUUAUUCAUGAUGGUGCUCCUGCCCACAAGUCAAAAGGAGUGAAAAAGUUCCUCGAGGACAAUAAUAUCAGUGUUUUGGGGUGGCCAGGCAAUUCCCCUGACCUAAAUCCUAUAGAGAAUGCCUGGCAUGUGAUGAAAAAUGAAAUUGCAAAAGCUCGACCCACCAACAUCAUGGGCCUGAAGGAGGCACUGAAGAAGCUUUGGAUCAACAUAGACGUCUCCCUCUUCUCCACCCUCUCCACUUCAAUGCCCAGGCGACUUCAGAUGGUGAUAAAGAACAUUGGUAACAUAACUAAGUACUAGUUGAAUGCUAAAAAUAAAAUAAAAAACAUGUGCAUACAUUAAGUUGCAUUUUUUAGUUUUAUUGUCCAAAAAUUGUUAAUGUAUAGAAUUUUUUUGUGGCCACUGUAUGUGCAUUUUUUAGGCCUAGCUCUAUUGCUCACUUAAUGUCAUAGUAUGUAGUAUAAACAUGUUAUGUGGCUUUUAUAUGCUUAUUUUUGCUUUACAGUAGUAGCCCAGAACUUAAUGUGCUGUAUAAAUGGGGCCUCCUGCACUAUAUACAUCAAGGCUUUAGGGUGUCUUGAUGCUAGUAAAGAGCUCUUGAACCAAGGUUAAAAUUGCCCUUAUCCUUGAAAUAAA